AGAAGGUUAAUGUGCACUUGAAUACAGAUAACAUUUAAUUUGACGUUAGUGUUUACGAAUGGUCCAGCACUGCAUAACUUUCAGCUGCGUUAUGGGCAGCUUCUUGUAGUACUUUCUAUGGAACUGCCCUGCCUGCCCAGCCUCCAGAUUCCUCUUUCUGUAUUGCUUGGUAGAGAACAGCAGGUUAGAUUUGGUGUGUGCUGAUAUUGACGAAGUUGAUGACAGCUUAAGACAUGUGUUUGAAAGGAUAUCUGUUGAUCACAAUACAAUGGUGAUUGCCCACCAGUGGAGAAGAAGAUUGUUGUAAAGAUUACUGUACUCAUACUGAUAUAAACAGCGGGACAUAACAGCUUAUAAGUUGGGAUUUUUUUUUAAAGUUUUGAUAUAUUGUUAAGUUUACUUUGAGCCAAGGUAUCAUUAAUUAAAGCAUACUUAGGACAGAAUUAAUACUUUAGAGAUGCAUAAUUAUAAUAAAAUGUGAUAUGAACUGUGGGAAAGAAAAUGGAAAUAAGUUCAUAGAAAUGUAUUUUACUAUGAAAACUUAUAAAUACUUAAAAUAGAAUCGUGGUUAAGUGUGGACACGAAUGAAAAAAAGUGUCAUUUUUUUAACUGUGGCAAAGGAAACACUAUUGAUAAUCAAUAGUCUAUAAUAUAUAACAGUUAAUUGAACAUGGGACAACUACAUUGUAUCAGUAUUCACAAUUAAGUAUAGAAGCCUAUGCUGACUUUUUGUGCCACACACGAACUGUGCGAAAUCUUUGACAAUUGGACAACAUGUCAGCCAGUGCUCUGGAAGUAUUUGGGGUCACCCUGUCGGAGGAAAGGAUAGCAGAUCUCAUUCAAAAGUCCAAGCAAUGGGCACUUCUGCAUGGUGUGGCAAUGCGACCUCAGCAGAACUCAGUGUCAGCAUCGUGUGUGGAGUACGCGCCGAUGACCCUGUUCCCGAGCCUAAUACCUGUUGGAGUGUUGGCAGAGGCCAAGGCACUACAACAACACUUCAACUUGCUCAUGCACCGAGUUGCCAAUGACCAUGUCUUCCUGGAACAGUCGCUACAAAAUGUGAUUAAGGUUGACAGUUUCAUGCAGAGACUCUGGGAAAUCUAUACAACUGUGAGGCAAGAAGGCAAUCCUCAGCCUGCUAGCCUGACUUUGAUUCGGAAUGACUUCAUGUUAGACGUAAAAGGCAGCUGCUGUGAAAUUAAAGGUAUUCCAGCAUCCGUGAAACUGAAGCAAAUUGAAAUCAACACAAUCUCGGCCAGCUUUGCAGGCCUGUCAACUGGCAUGUGGAAUGUCCACAGGUAUGUGAUGAUGCAAGCUGGAAAAGAAACACAUCCUACACAGAUACCUGAAAACUUCCCAGCACAAGGCUUGGCUGCUGGCCUCUUGAAAUCCUGGCAGCACUACAAUAGAGAAAGUGCAAUAGUUCUGUUUGUGAUACAGUCAAACGAGAGGAACGCAGUUGACCAAUGGUGGAUAGAAAAAGAGUUGUUAAAUCUCAACAGGGACGUGAAAAUUAAAUAUGCAACAUUUCAGAAUGCACACGAGAACUGCAAACUUAUGGAUGACAGGAGAUUAUUCCUAAAUGAUGAAGAGGUUGCUGUGAUUUACUACAGAGAUGGCUACAUGCCUGCACAUUAUCCAUCCGAAAAGGAGUGGAAUGUGCGGUUGAUGAUGGAGCGGUCACUAGCAGUCAAGUGUCCCUCUGUACAUAUGCAGCUGGCAGGCUCCAAGAAGAUACAGCAGGAGUUGGCACGGCCCGGGGUAGUAGAGAGGUUCCUGCGGGACCCUGACAUCUGCAGGAGGAUACGAGAUACGUUUGCAGGCCAAUACAGUCUUGACUUGGGCAGUGAAGGAGAUAAGAAUGUUGCCAUGGCAAUUGAUGACCCAAAACACUUUGUAUUAAAACCACAACGGGAGGGCGGAGGCAACAAUAUCUAUGGUGAGGACAUACGCGAGUUCCUCAGCGGUAUUCGCCUAAGUGAAGAAAGGAAUGCUUAUGUGCUGAUGGAGCGUGUGUUUCCGUGGCAGCAGAGGAACUACUUGCUUAAGGAGGGAAAACCUACAAAUCUUCGAGACGUAGUUAGCGAGCUGGGAAUAUAUGGCGUGUAUCUCGGGUGUGAUAAGAAAGUGUUGAUGAAUGAAGAAGUGGGACAUCUGCUGCGAACAAAGUCCCAUGAUGACAAUGAGGGCGGUAUAGUCGCGGGAUUUGCCACCAUCGACACACCUCUGCUAGUACAAGAGCCAGUCAAGAGCCAAUGAGCAUGGUCCAAUACUCCCCAAGGAAUAGUCUCAAAGACAAGAAAUACCCGGUGCAUGCAGAGCCAUGUCAAGAAAUAUGUGAAAAGUUUUUACCAUCCAUAUGAAAUUUACCUAUCGAUAGAUAUACAUCUAUCUUUCUGUAUGAAUAUACUUUCCAUCCUUAUGAAUAUUUAUCUGUGUAAUAACCAGUGAAAACAUUGACAAAGAAGUACACAAAUACUUUGGAAAAAGUACUAUUCUUCGAUAAUAACUGUUCAUGGUUGUUUAUCAAAUGUUGAACAAACAUAUUAGUUCAUUAGGUACUAAGUCUUUUAUCCGCCAUUUUAAACGAAUCCAGAAAUUUAAGAUUCAAGUAGAUAUUUGAUUUUACAAAUCAACGAAAUUUUAUGUAAAUGAAAGUUACAUGAAGUCACACUAAUUGUGUACUGUAGUUUUAGUUGUGUAUGUGUGUGUUUAAAGUCUCCUGAGCACAUAGUGUUCAUGGGGAGACAGUAACAGUUCUAGUUUUAACAUAUUUUGGGCAUUCGUACAUUUUUGUCUAGCAUUUUAAUUGGAAGUACAAAUGGAUCUUUUUAUUAACAUGUUCAGUUCAAGCUAUCUUUAGUUUAGUGAUGUAGCUUUAACUAUACAAAACGAGUGAAAAACUUGACAUACAACAGUUCAUUAAUUAUAUCCAUGGCAUAAAACAAAUGUAUUAUUUUGUUUGUAUAUGUAUCAAAAUAAGCAUUUGUUUAGUAAACAAUUAACUUCAGAGGCAAAAUUAUAUUAAUAUCAAAUAUGUAUUUUGCUUGAAACUAUUGUAUCUCAUUCCUUAGCAAUACUUAAUUCUUAAGGCAAUAUUUGAAAACCAGGUUUGCCUUUAUGCUUUUUUAUAUGUCCAUUUUGCUCUCGGCCAAGUUGUUCAAAUUUAAAAUAUUUUUGGCUGAGCCAGUAUUAAAAGCAAAUUUUUUGUCAAAUUUUGGACGUAGAUUAAUGCUAUGAUAAACUUUAAAAUUCUAAGAUUUAGCAAAUAUGUAUUAAUUCUAAAAUCAAUCAUGUUAUCCCUAUUUUUGUACUCUCACAAUGCUCUUCCAACAAUUAUUGACAUUGGUGUGGAAUAUAUAUAUAUAUAUAUUUAAUGAUUGUUGAACUGUUCACUUUCUAAUCGUUAUCUUGUUGAAUGUUGUUAUGUAAAUUACUUCCGUGUGGAUAUUUAUAAACUGCUUUUCAAAUAAAUGGACUUCAGAAAA